AUGCUACCGGGUACUUCAUCUGAUCUUGAGCUGAAGAUUUUCUCCCUUGAAGCGCGGCUACGUGACCUGCGUGCGCAAGUCAAGGACUCAUCUUGCCCUAAUACUUCGAUAUCAACAGAUACGAUACCUCAAUUGACAACAGGUAACAUUCCCAACUGUCCUAGGUGCGGAAUGAUAGAUCUAAGUAUAAUCCCAGUAUUUAAUAAUAUAUCGGAUACCAAAACCAUCCGAUAUUCAUCUCUACAUGCUCUUCUCAUUCUCUCCGACUCUGCCCUCCCAUUGGGCUCAUUUGCAUACUCCAGCGGAUUAGAAUCAUAUCUAGCACAUCACAAAACUCCUCGUUCUAACCCCUCGUCAACCUUCAACCACUUUCUCAAGAUCUCUAUUGCUUCAAUCUCAAGUACAUGUCUACCAUAUGUUCUAGCCGGCUACCGACAGCCAGAUACAUUAGAAACCCUGGAUAACGAUCUUGAUGCAUCGACGCUCUGCAUUGUCGCACAGCGAGCCAGCGUGGCGCAGGGGCGCGCAUUAAUUGGUGUCUGGGAACGUUCUCUCCGUGCGAGCUAUGGCAAUCCUCUCACCGCAGAUGCCGGGGCGCAAAUCGCCGUGUCUGCGGUGGAGAAUUUCUCGGAUGCCUUGAAAUCAUCUUCUAGCGAGGUUGAUGAAUAUGAUUUAGGACCUAAUGGCCACCUUGCCCCUCUUUGGGGCGUAGUCUGUCGAGCUAUGGGGCUGGAUCUACAGCAGACGGCAUAUGUCUUUGUUAUGAAUCAUGCCAAGUCGGUUCUUAGCGCCGCAGUGCGCGCAUCGGUCAUGGGUCCGUACCAGGCACAGAAUAUUUUGGCAAGCCAGGUCUUACAGGAUAUGAUCUUGGAGCGCAUUGAACGGGAGUGGAAUACAGCGGUGGAAGAGGCUGGGCAGGUAGUGCCAGCACUAGAUCUAUGGGUUGGACGACAUGAACUUCUCUAUAGUCGGAUCUUUAAUUCAUGA